AUGUCACUAUUAUGUGACAUAUUAUCCGGUUGUUAUCCGCUAGUCCCUAUCGCCUAUCGACACCCAUCACCGUCCAGCCAUCAUGGCGGUGAUAAACAGGAAGAAAAAUCAUCGGUCAAUACACCCCUCAAACUUGAAGGAACAGCAUGUUUGCAUAGCGAUUUCAUGUUGGCAAGCUGCUCAGGAAUGACACGGAAGCGCAUAUGUAUAAUCGGGGCGGGUCCUGCUGGCUUAGCUGCUCUCAAAGUCGUUCUCGACAGUCCUCAUUACAAGGCGGGGAAAUGGGAAGUCGUUUGUUUUGAGGCUAGGGAGGGUGUUGGGGGUAUAUGGAAUCCCGCUGAACCGCUCGAUGACGACCCACCGUUGACUCCCUUAUACGAUUCUCUGACAACCAAUAUACCUCAUCCAGUCAUGGCAUACACGAGCUACCCAUUUCCUCCCUCUACCCCCAUCUUCCCACCCGCUUCAACUGUUCGGACGUACUUGGAAGGAUACACUUCCCAAUUCAACCUCUCUCCAUGUAUCCACUUUAACCAAACCGUAGACGACGUGUCAUGGCUGAAAUCUCAGUCCCUCUGGAAAGUCAGACUACGCAGUGGCGUUACAAACCAUUUCGAGGCCGUCGUCGUAGCAAACGGACAUUUUCGCAAGCCACGUUAUCCAUCGGAAGUGGAUGGUCUAUCCGAUUGGCUUCGAUCAGGUCGCGCUAUUCACUCGGCUUGGUACCGACGACCAUCGGGUUUGGGUGAUCAGGUUCACAGGGUCCUAGUGGUUGGUAAUGGUCCGAGUGGUCAGGAUAUUGUUACGGACCUGCUACAGCAGCACUUCACGGUCUUUCACUCUAUACAGGGCACUCGUCGGGAAGAUGCAGGUUUACUUAAUAAACGAGGGAGUGUCGUUCAGCUCAAAGACAAAAAAGAAGUAGCUUUUGAGGACGGGACGGUCGAAACGGACAUCGACUUGUGUAUCUUCGCCACAGGGUACGAAAUGUCGUUUCCGUUUUUCUCCAGUACCAUCUUGAACACUGUCCGGGCUUCUGCCUCCCACCCCAUCAAGUUUCCUCCCAAAGGCACACUUUGGAAUUCUACCUAUCAUGUCUAUCCUCUCGCAAAACACAUUUUCCCCAUGGGAUGCGAGUUUCCCCCGGGUAGUCUGGCAUUCAUGGGACUCAUCCUUCGGGGUACACCUCUAUCACUUUUUGAAGCCCAAGCUCACGCCAUCGUCAAAGUCUUUUCUCAGCCAGACAGCUUGAACAUGAAGGAAGAGGAACGCAUUAUUCAGGCUUGUCGCCAGCAGCUUGGUCCAGAUGAACUGGUUAUCUCCCAGUUAUGGCACAAGCUCACCGAGCCAGAAUCGUUCAAAUAUCGGGACGGUCUUUACAAAUUCGCCGAGCUUGAUGUCCAUGUGGAGGACUGGGAGAGGGAUAUGUGGUUUUACAAAGUAGAGCUAAGGAGGCAAUGGCAGACACUGGUACAACGAAAGCAAGCAGAGCAAUGGAUACGCGGGGUUGGCAAAGCAGGAAAGCGAGAGUGGAUAUCGUUGCUAAAGAGAAUAUUGACGGAAGCCGGGAUAACUUUAUAG